CUCUAGAUAUGUGGUUUUAAGAAGAAAGUAAAUAAGUUAUAUAAUCCAUGUAAUUCAUUAUUGGCUCAAUCUUGCUAUCGAUGCAUUCGAGAAAAUUGAUUAGAUUAGUUAGUAUCAACAAAUUAUUCCUUCAACCCAGAACAACAAAUUUUGAUACAUUGAUCCGAUAUGGCUGAUGAAGAAGAUCCAUGGGGUUUUGAUGAAGGAGAUAGUGAACAACCUGCUGCCCAGGAUACUUCAACAGCUGCUCCUGCUGCAGGAGCUCCAGCUGAAUCUGGUGAGGCUAAAGCCGAAGCCGCAGAAGCUGCUGCACCUGCAGAAGGUGAAGAACAAGCUCCACCACCUCCUCCACCAGAGGACGAUGGUUACAGAAAACCGGUUCAAUUGUACAAACACUGGGUCAGGCCGAAAUUCCUUCAGUACAAGUAUAUGUACAACUACAGAACCAACUAUUACAAUGACGUUAUUGAUUAUCUUGAUAAAAAACAAGUAGGAGUUGACAGGGAUAUUCCAAGAGCACAAACGUGGGCUGAAAGAGUACUCCGAACAAGCAAUAGCAGUGCUAGGUCACCAAGUCGGUACUCGCUUUCAAACAAGAAGGAUACACAUUUGGUUCAGACUUUAGCAGCCUCGAUUAGAACUCACAAUUAUCAUACCAAGGCUUACAUUAAUCAAAAAUACUCUCGUGUUUUAUAAAUUAAGGAAAUUUGUUACUUUUGAAAACCCUUUAUUAUAUACCUAAAUAUUUGAACGAAAUAUAAACAAACUACAAUUGGUAUCAAUUUAUUUAUCAAAAAAGUGUCAGGUAGAGCGUUAUUGUAUCAUAUGUGAAUUAUAAUAAAAGUAAAUAUAACCUCAAAGAGCAUCAA